CACAGGAAAGAGGAAAAAGUGCGUUCCUACAACCGUCUAUAUUUCAACCAAAUCCAUUGGUUGGCAUUAAAGUAGGGAAUGUGAUCCCGUAUUCUGUCUCAUUUACACCGCUCCGACACUGAUCCGAGGAACAGACGUCAUGGGGAGAGCCCGAUUGCACCCAACUUGCCCUUCACACGAGCAGUGAUUAUACGAUUAUAAAUAACGUGGAUUACAAGAGCGGCAAAACGCAAACGUCUCUCAAGGACUCCUUGACUAAUUUGCUCUUCACCUUUUUUUUUUAAUCAGUGGAGGAAUCGGAAUCAACCUGCUUGUAUCAUAAAAUGUAUUAGCACUGACCACACAAAAUAGCUUUUUUUCGUUUCUUCUCUAUGAUUAAACCUCUUCCUCUUUAAACUUUCUCUAUCUUCCUUCAGGGACACCAAACCGUGGGCAAAUCAGUUCAAAGUAACCGAUUACCAAAGUUUCCACACACACACACACACACACACAGAAGAGACACUUUAUUUUGCUAAAUUCACUAAAGCAUAAAUCUUCGCAGAGCGCGCGCGGCACAGGAACGCAGGAGGAGUUCAGAUCGGCGCGUGGGCGGCGUUCACGUGCCGAGCACCCGAAACCUCUGACAGUUCAUCCUGAACUUCGGCGCUGCAGAGACCUGAGAGGACGCCCGAGCAACAGCGAGUCGAGCAUGGCCACCGACUUCUCUCAAGAAGCAGUGCUGGGCUUCCUGCGCACCGGCGGGGGAGUCGUGCGGAACGCGCACUUACUGGCGCACUUUAAAGACUUUUUGCGCGACAACGAGGACAGGGCGCACAACCGCGAGCUGUUUAAAACGUUCGUGAACGCGCUGGCGACGGUGAAGCAAGAGGACGGAGUGUGUUACGUCGUUCUGAAGAAAAAAUUUCGGCCGCAUGUCGGCGACGUCCCCGUCAGCAAAGCCUCGUCAGGCGGCCGCCGCGACCAAACGCGCCAAGCGGGACGUGGCGCAGCCAAACCCGCGGCGGCUCGACCGCAGCGUCACGACGAGGUUGCCAGCGGAGCUCGGAAAGCCCGCCACAGCACCGAACACAUUUUACCCGUUGCUGGGAUUGUAAACAACGACGACGACGACGACGUAGAAAUAGUGAAUUUGGAGACGCCUGUCCAAGCCUCGUGGGAGCAAACGGUGUCCUCCGCCACCGGCAGCGAGGGAGGCAGCGACGCUUGCACUUUGAAACCAGCCCCGUUUAUUACAGACUCCACACGCUCCAGUGGGAGCGGCCAGAGCUCGGAUCAGUCGGGGGCGUUGAAAGCACUCGCGGAAACGACACAACACAAUGGUGUUUACCGCGCCGACCUCGGACAGUUGCGAGAAGCGGACGGUUGCAGCCAGACGUCCUUUUGGCCUCCUCUGGAUUGCCCGUCCUACGAGGUGGUUUUGACCUCUCCGCCCGGUGACACGGCGCCUGCACACGCUCUCACUGACCGUAACCAUGAGGAUCCUUGGCCGUUUGCCAUCCCUCUGGGUCAGUCUCAGAGUUACGCUUCCAGUCCUUGCCUAGCUGACUUGCCUACUACCGCCUCUUCCUGCUGCUCCUGUGUCCAGGCGGGUCUGAGCCAGAGUAAUGACUGCCUGUUCAGGAUGACCCCGGCUGUAUACAUCCAAGAGCCGGGAGAUGAUGAUGAUGAUGAUGAUGAUGAUGGAAUGGCGGCAGCCGCUCUGCUCAAGGCUGCCCCCCAGAGGUGCAACCUGCCCUUGGAAACCCUCCGCCUACCACCGGCAGCUGGCCACCGGGGGCUUGGCCAGUUCCGGGGCGUCUCGUCCAGCCAGGGCAGCCUUAACCUGUUCCCCGCCACAGACCCCUGUUGGCCCCCGCAGUUCUACCAGGACGACUGGUCCAGCGAAGACGCGUUGGAUGUCAUCAUGGCGGAGGAGGUGGAGGUGGAGCCGCCUGCCAGCCGUCGCCUGCGCGAGUCUGAGCUGCUGGCGCAGCUGCACCGGGCCGAGCGGAGCGUGGCUCCCUGGCACCGCUCCACCGGGGACCUCCCAGACCAGGAGCCCCUUCCGGGCCGGGCUCCUCCGUCCGGGCCGGUCGCACGCCGGCUCUCCCAGCGCCUGAAGAGCCGCAUGUGCCGGAGCCUGGGGGCAGACCUGGACCGAGCGGCCCAGGAGGACGGCGACUCGCCCCGCCUCAGGCGCCUGCGCCGGAUCUCCUCGUUCCUCAGCGACCGCCCCGCCUCCACCUUGUCCAGCUGCGCCCCGAGCACCCUGGACGGCCUCUCCUCCACGGACUCCACCCGCAGCCUGGCGCACGACUCGGCCUGCCUCGGCCCCAGGCACUCGCAGGUGCCGCUGGAGCCGCACGAGCACGACUGGUUUGCCAAGGCUGCGGCGGGCGCCUGGGCCGAUGUCUACUCGCUCUUCCGCGAGGAGCCGGGCCUGCUGGCCAAGCGCGACUUCUUGUCGGGUUUCAACGUGCUGCACUGGAUCGCCAAGCACGGUGACCACCGCGUCCUCAACACGCUCUGGUACGGCGUGAGCAAGACGGGCCAGCAGCUGGACGUGGAUGCCAGGAGCACCUGCGGUUACACGCCCCUCCACCUGGCCGCCCUCCACGGACACAGGAAGAUGCUCCGCCUCCUGGUGCACAAGUACAGGGCCGACGUGACGCUCAGAGACAACAGUGGCAAAAAGCCGUGGCAGUAUCUGGAGAAAAACGGAGACCGGGAGCUGCUCGAGCUCCUCGGCGCCCCCCAGAGGGCACUCGGGAGCAGCACGGGAGUGCGCAGGUCUGCGGAGAAGCCCCCAGACCUGGCUGUCGCCCCAUCUGUCGCCACGGUGAAGAGACACUCGUCGUUCGCCGCGCUGUUCAAACACAAGCCACAGCUGAGAGUCUCAGCCACAGCAGAGUCCAUCCUGUGAAAACCUACCGGAUGCCACUCCUGGAAAACCCUUGUACUUACUUUGGCACAGCAGACGGACAGUUUCAGAAUCACCGGUUAAACUGAAUCGGUUUCUGGUGUCAGGACUGGUGCUUCUGACGGAGCCUGCGCAAUGGGGAUUUAACUCACUGAAAACAUGUGCUGUGUGACACUAAUGGAAAUGAACACUAGAGGUUGUAUAUUCAUUAAACCACUUUGGGUGCUUUAAGGCUCACUAGUGUUGCUCUCCAAGUCUGUUCAGAGGUUGGGUUUAGCCAAACGUCUUUACACAGAAGGGGACAGGAAAAGAGUUUUAGCUAAGAUGUGGGUGGCUGGGUGUGUGUGUGUGUGUGGUGUUUGCAUUGCCUGUCUGUAUAUUCAGAUGGUGGCCUGACAGUCAAAUACUGCCUCCUUAUCCUUGUGCAUUCAGUCCUGCAUUUUCUCCCUCUAAUCAUAUGACCUCUUAUGUCCUGAAGGGCUCUUUUGGCUCAUUGUUGGUGGUGUCCCCCCCCCCCCCCCCGUUUUGACAUGUGAGCAGGAAGAGAAACUGCACUACUGACCCUAACCCUCUAAUCUGAGGGUAAACAAACAGUCCACAUUCUGCCAGAGCUUUAAACAGGAAACUCCUCGCUUUAUAUCCUCUUAAAAUCUUAUGUUCUAGGAAUUUGACUGGCAACCAUUAUUAAGUGUGCUGUAUUUGUCUGUAAAUACUGUAAAGCAACUAUGCAUCCAGUAAUAUAUUCGGUAUGUGUAGGCUUUUUAUAUUCAUGCGCUUCUCUGAUGUCAUCAGAGAUUAAGAUUAAGUCUUCAGCUGUUUCAGUUUGUGGCUUUAAUAUUUAACCAUCUGUCCCUUGCAUUGAUCUUACAGUAAAUCCAAAAAGCAGGAUUGGCAGAGCAGACUUAUAUUUCCACUGGCAGGACAGAGGAUUCCGGGUCCACAGUCGCCUAGGUAAUGCUAUAGUAACCUGGACUCAUACUGUGUGCUUAAUGUUGCUGUAUAGGUGAUACUACGGAGAACAGGGUUGCAAAGGGACGUUUGUCAUUUUAAACUUGCUCACUAGGACCCCGGUUCUGAACCUCUCAUUGUUUUGCACACGCACAUUCUAACCACUAGUAUUGUACGGUGCUGGAGUAAAGAAAGAACUUGUUGUAGCUUGUCUGACUGUGUGGGACGUUGGGGAGCACAAGGACCAAAUGACUCCACUGUGGCCUUUUGUCAUUCGGGGAGGAAAAAUCUCGGGAGUCCCUGCACUGAGCUGAUUAGACACUUUGAAAUAAACCACUUUUUUUCAAAUCAGGCCAUGUCUUGCUUCAUGGUCUUCACUUCUGGAUCUUGUGUAACCACAUAAACAAAUACCGUGAGACGUAUGAAAUGUUUGCGUGUCCCGUCUUGUCGCGGGUGUGUUCUGCUGUAUCCUGUGGUAGGAUACCACAGUGUAGUUACCAAUUGCAGAGGGUGUCUUGUGUACCCUACAACUCCAGUAGAGAAUGAACAGCUUUAAGCUGUUCCCACUGCACGGUUUCCCCCCUUUUACAAAGUGUGUUUGUAUCUUAGCCAGACAACAUGGGAGAAACGUUUGGUGGAGAACCACUAACCACUGUAUUAGACACACCUACCUUGUAGUGUUGAGCGGAGCACCCUUGACACAGCGGUGACACUGCUAUGCGUAAAAAAAAAAACCUAAAAAAAACGGCAGCUGGGCUGCUGUGCUUGAUACCACCAUGCCAGUGUCUCUGCUGUACUGGAAAGGGAUCACUGUCUACAGUAAUGCAAGAAAUAGACCUUUCAUAGGGUCGCAUGUGACCAACCGUGCAUGACCUCAGAUGAGUUGCAGUCUGCAUUUGUAUGCUUGUAAACUAAAAGACUGCUGUACCCGGUAAAGUGGCCAGUAAGGAGUUUCUAAUGAGGUGGUAGGUGAGUGGACUUUCCUGUUGAAUUAGAGUUUGACUUAUUUAGCUGAGAUAUUCUGCCCUGUACGGUGGCGCUCCAGAGCCACAUCUUUUGAGCAUGUCAAAUAAAUGAUGAAGAAAUGAAAUGCAAAAUCUGAUGCGGGAUCGUCACAGCUGUGCAAAUGGAAUGUGAUUAAAAUCGAGAUGGUGGUCAUCUAAACUCGCAUGCUAUUUGUUUCACACACACCAGAACACACCUGGAUAUGUUUUUGUUCAUUUGGUGUUCAUGUGUAAUUUAAGAUGCUGGCUAUAGGCCUUACACACAAAACAGCAUUUUUCAUUCAUCUUCAUCUUACAGUAGCUGAGUUGUGGGUUGUCUGGAACGCGCAGUUCUGUGAUCACACACUUGAGUUUUGUUUGAUUUUUAAAGCUUGUGUCUAGUUUUUGGACCAAAUUGUGAAUGAGUGAUAGUAUCGAGCAUUUUGCACCAUGACAAAAUGAACUCCACUAAAGUCUUCAAAUAUCAGAACUGAAAAUUAGAAGAACUACUUCAGUCACAUAAAGCUAAUGAUCAUAGCUGAUAAGUGAGUGAAAAUGAUUGUUGUUUCAAUGUUUAGCUUAUGCAAAUACAUUUAUUCAGUAGUCUCCACUAGUUUUAACUCAGUUGCCAUUGAAAUAUUCCUCAUAUUUUAAUUUUGAGACAAUUUACAAAAUUUUAAAUAGCUUUGUUAUGCACCCAGGAGUGAGUUUUGUUAAGUAUGUAUUGUUGGUUAGAGUGAAAGUAGUGUCCCAGUGUCUCACAGGACAUGUGAAGCAAUGAAUGGAACUUACAGGCUGAGAAAUUAGGGUUAAUUAAUUUAGUUAGUGUAGGAUUUUAAGUGUAUCUGGAAAUAGAGUAAGGUAUGCUGGGUUAGGCUUGGAGAUGUACUCCGCGGGGUGGUAGAUCUCCAGGAGAAAGGGUGUAACUAAACUCUGCAGGGCGGUAGAUCUCCAUGAGCUGAUUAGAUUGUGCUUGCAGUGUUUUCAUAUCGCUUUCAUAUCACUUUCAUAACACUGUAAACAAGUCUCUUUUUAAAAAAUAGAUUUAUUUUUAUAGAAUGCGUCUGCUUUUCCUUUCUCCUCUUAAACAGCGCAAUGUGACGGCCUGUUUAUGGUGCGAUUUGCCAAAAGAACAAAACACAGCACUUCAACGGUCCAGUCCAAGUUGGGUCUGAAAUUCUACAUCUAACAAACACAAUGAAAGUAAUGUACCAACGGUACCAUCACUGGUGUCUGUCUGCACAAAAGCCAACAGACCUGAUGAACAGUGAACAGAACAACAAAUAAAAAAUAACAAAAGGUGGCUAACAUUUUUGUAAGCGAUGGGCUUAUUUAAACUAUGAAAACCAGCAGCGUUUACAGUAUCGGGUCAUAUAGCGUAUAUUUGAACAGAAUACAAGCAUAAUAAUCCAAGUGUGAUUCCUAUUCGUUAUUUAUGGGAGACGGAAAACUAAAU